GGAGACAUAUUGAGCUGUUUCCAAACAAACGCGUCCUUCCAGAAGACAUUGUCGUGACGCUCAAAGAAAUUGUCAUGCAUGCUCAUGCAGAAAACAUCACUUCUGAAACGUGCCUAGCACCUUUUGCCUCGAGUGAAGUUGCAAGCAUGCUUGGCCUUGUAGAUCAUCUCAAGGACAGUACUAACAAGGAGCGUGAGCACUCCGUGUGGAUUGCUGCUCGAUUGAUGAGGCUUUUCUGCAACGCAAAGUUUGUGAAUUUCUGUGGACAACCAGGUGCCCGACUUGACGUCGAUCAAUCGCUAUAUGGAGAACAUGAUACCCGCUCGAAUAAAAUCAUCCUUUGUAUCAUGAAUGUUAUUCUGUUUGGAUCUCCAGUUGCUCAAAGCAAGGCAAUUCACAGGAUAUGGGUCGAUGAAACCAUCGUUCAACCGCGAUGGAAGGAUUUUAUCGAUAGGAUGACCACCGAAUGGAAUGGAUAUACAAUAUUUUCUACUGUGAUGCUCGCUGUUGAUAUUAGUUUUCUCGCGGUCCCAGCUAUCGCGACUCAAACGGUCGCGAUCGCUCUAACAUAUCUGUCUUGCCUCUGCGCCCUGGGCUCUUUAGUGGUCUCGCUGGUCUUGGCUGGCCAAGUUAAUGACAGCCGGCGAGGCUCCGCUGUAGACGUAGCCUCUUUCAUGGUAGGAAUAUCACAGUCCAUGUUCGGCCUCGAAAGCCUUGCCCUGAUGCUCAGUCUACCGUUUGCACUUCUGAUUUGGGGAAUGGCGUUCUUUGCCGGAGCAUUGUCCACGCUGAUCUUCCGCACUUCUAGUGUUGUCGUCAUUUCAAUUGCAUCUCCAGUUUGGGUCGCCGUAUUCGUCCUGGCGAUGUGGCCCGUACUUACCGCCAAUAAUAUUCACAUUUCUCGCCUAAGGUCCUGGAUCAUAGAACAAGCUUCAUCUCAGGCUGUGGAGCCCAUCUUUGGUGUCUAAUCUGUGUUGUCUGAUUACAGAGAUUUUCUGUGGCGCGACACGCA